GUUUUUGUUGCCUUGCUUACAAGUUUGAAGUGCUCCAAAGGCGGGAUUUUAGAAUGGAAGGUUAGAUUUGUUCUACUUUCGUUUAUUUUUUACUUAAAAGAAAAGAAAAAUAAAACGGUAGUUCAAUUUUUUUUCGAAAAUUUAGAGCUGAGUACGUUAGUUCUUUGUAUUUUGUUAAAGCUAAUUGUCUUUGUUUCGAAGAACUUUUGAUUUUGACCACGUGCCGUUCGUACGAGCUCGCAAAUAUCUGGAAGAAAGACGUAAAUUUUUUCUUGCGUACUAUAAACCUAUAAUUAUAUAAUUCUGAAGCAUUCUUUCCUUUAAAGCAGCAUUGAGGGAAACUGAGGUACUCUCUUACUAAAUCAUAAUUGCUUGUUUUCGCUUGUCUUUUGUUCUUUAUUGUGCAGGUGACACUGUCUACCGACCCACUCAGAGUUCUGAAACCUAUUCGGCUACUUAUUGGUACGCAAUGACGCAAAACUUGGUGAAGUCCUCAGAAGACUUCACUAUACACUCCAUACAUGAAGAUGAAGUCCGUCACAACUGUUCUAUAUGCAAAAAAUCGUUCAAAUGCAAAUCUGAACUGAUGCGGCAUCAUCGUGCCCAUACGGGCAUUCGACCGUUUAUGUGUAAUCUAUGCUAUAAAAGCUUUAACUACAAUAGUGCACUCCUGGAACAUUUGCGUGUGCAUUCUGGAGAAAAACCAUACCAAUGCAGUGAGUGCAAAAAGUGUUUUAGACAAGGGUCAACUCUCAACAGACACAAAAGGAUACAUACAGGAGAAAAACCACAUCAAUGUGAAGUCUGUGGCAAGUGUUUUUCUGAGAAGAAAGGCCGCGAUGUUCACAAAAGGACUCACACCUGUAAACAACCAUUUUAUUGUUCCAAAUGCCAUCAGUAUUUUAUGCGCAGGGCAUCUCUGCUCAGACAUAUUAAGAAAAAUCAUCUUAUUAUGGAGUCCAACGCAGGUUGUUUAGAUGAUGAGGCUGAAAAAAUUCAGAGACAUGAAAGCACAGCACCACAAGCUGGAUCUACAGAGGUAGUAGUGAAAGUGGAGAGACCAGAUAUCGAGGAAACGAGUCUUGAGAUGCUGAUAAAGGAUAGUGAUCUUCUGAAUGAUUUGAAUUACCUCAAGGAGGAGGUUGUAAACUGAUUUGAACAGAACUUUCUAGCUUUCUCCCUUGUUUCAGUGAGACAUGGAAAACCGUUAGCUCUUUGAUUUGAUUCUGACUGGUCAAUUUUGUGUUCUGACCUAUGAGUAUAAGAGAAUUUAUGUGGAACAACUGCAAAGCAACAUAGCACAAUGUUAAUCUUAAGUUUUAUUGCAGGCAGAAUCGGAGAACUCAAAUUCUGCCACCAAAUAAUCAAACUCGGAGUAUAAAAUAACUGUCAGUGGAACAACUUCAUAAGUAAAAACAAAGAAGUUGAGUGUAUUUUCAAUGAGACCUCAAAGUCUGUUUCCAUCAUUUGAACAGUAUUUACUAAUUAUCAUUGAAUACCAUGUUAAUAUUUAAUGAUUACGUUAGCUUAAUAUAUGUUAUGAUCACCAUGUUAUGAACAUUAUUAUAUUUACGUAACUUUGUAUUUAUAAAGUAUUUAAUGUACUUCUUUAUCUUGUUAUGUUUCCAUUCAUUUCCAUAUUUCUAGAUUAACCUUGCUAGCCUUAUUUAGGGAAUCCUCUUCCUGUUAUGAGGUUCUCUUCAGUUAAACAAACAUACUUAUAUAUAGAUUUAUAUGUUUUUAACUGAAAACUAUCCAAAAAAUAAACUCUCUUACAUGUAAACCAC